CUGAACCGAGCUUUUAAAACACCAAAGUCAAAAAAUAACACAUUUGGACUUCAUGAAGGCGGCAGCAGGGGAUCAACAACUCCUGUUUCUACUCAGUCAAGGUUGUUGAAUGUUGAAAUAAUGUUGUCUAAUGUGGAGACCGCUGACCUUAAACCUUUAAAAUAUUUGGUGGAGUCUCCUGGGACUGGACUUGGAGUGUUUCUUUAUUUCCUUGUGAAAGGAAGUUUGUAUUUACCACUUCUCUUUCUUUUCUGUAACCUGUUUGCAUCACUGCCUCAGCUCAGAGUAUUUAGUAAGUGAGUGAGUGAGUGAGUGACUGAGUGAGUGUGAGAACAUGAGGAGUUCACUGAAAUGUAAACCUUUUCACGUCCACUCAGGAGAACCAUGUCCUGGUCCACUCUGCUGUGCUCACUGAGCGCUCUGCUGUGUCUGAGGUUCAAGUCCAUGGCUCACAGCCACAGGGUGGAGCCAGAUACCUACCGUGUGACCGUCGGCCAUCUCUUCCUGCUGAGUUGUCCCUUUGCCCCAAACGUGACGUGGAGCAGAGCGCGGACGCCGGACGUGAGUCUGCCCAGAGGAGUGGAGGUCAGAGACGGGUUACUGGGCUUUCUGCCUGUACAGGCGUCACAUGACGGGACGUACACCUGCGAGAGAAGGGGCAAGGCUGGAUUAUUGGCGAUGAAGUUCAGGGUGUUGGUGUCCACUAGAGCUUGUCCUGAUCCACUGGAGAAAAGAACCGCCCGCCGGGGAGUCAGUGAACUACUUCCCUGCAAACAAAAAGAGAUCUUCAGACUGAAUAAGACAACAAUCGUACGAUGGAUGAAGGACUGCCGCCCCGUGAAGGUCAUCCACACGGAUGAGAAUGGCAACGCGCGGCUUCCCUCGCUCACUGAAAAGGAUUCUGGGAAAUAUACCUGCCUAGUGGAUGUCAGCGUGGACGGCAGGACGUACACUGCCGCGCGAAGCAUCCAUCUAACUGUAAACAAUGAUACAAUUCUUUCAGUGCCGGUGAUUGUGAACCCUCAAGAGAAAGUCGUGGUCCAAGUGGGUAAGAGCGUCGAGCUAAAGUGUAAAGCCUUUAUCGGCUUCAGUGAGGUCCAGGGAAUUCUCAUGUACUGGACUGUGGAUGGGAAAUUAAUUGAUGACUACAAGGAACUCAGUGAGUCCUGGAAAUAUUCUCACGAAGCAGGCCGGGUGUUCAACGAGUCCACGCUGUCCAUCCCUAAAGUCCUUCCUUUGUUCCUGAACGUCCCCAUUGUUUGCCACAUAAUGAGUUCAACUGGCAACAAAAAUGUCUCAAUGCUGCUCCAAGAAGAUGACCACACUGUCUUCUACAUCAGUGUUGCUUUCUGCCUCACUACUUUCCUGGCCUUGCUGACCCUUGCUGCGGUCAAUCUCUUCAAAGUCAAUGUCGUGUUGGCCUGCAGGAAGCUGCGUCGACAUUUCUCUGAACCAGCGCCAGAUGGGAAGCUCUACGACGGCUACGUGAGCUUCCUUCAUCCCGACACCCCGAGUUCUGCUGAGGCGGCAAACUUUGCUCUGCAGAUCUUACCUGAGGAGCUGGAGGCCAAACAUGGCUACUCCCUGUACAUCAGAGGACGGGACGACCUCCCCGGUGAAGCCUUUCAUGAUGCCGUUGCCGCGACAAUGCGCCAGUGCCGCAGACUGAUAAUCGUACUCUCACAGUCCUCCACUGAUGGGAGCACAGCGGAGACAUCACACUUACACGCCGACCAAAACCGGCAGGUCUACGAACAGAAAAUCGGCAUUUACGACGCUCUCACGCAGAACGACCUCCGAGUGAUUCUGGUGGAAAUUGAUGGCGCGGGGGAUUACAGCCGCCUGCCAGAGUCUCUUCGUUACAUUAAGAGGAAACAAGGAACUUUGAAGUGGACGAAAGACUUUCUUGGCACCAACAAACUCACCAAAUUGUACUCCAGCAGAAGGUUCUGGAAUAAUCUGAGGUACCAGAUGCCCUCCGUGCCUGCAAGAAGAAACCAUCCACAACAGACAGUGUUAGUGAAAGCUUCCUGUUUGGCAUCUGAAUUUUCUCCCAAGAUGAUUGAUAAUUUACAUCUUCUCCUCUUGAUCUUUGUGGUGAUUCCUAUAUAUGCAUUUUCAGAGCCCCAGUGUAAGAACAAAGAUCUCGAGUAUCGACUUCUUGAAGGUGAAUCGUUUGUGUCUCUUGCUCUGCUUGAGAAAUAUCUCGAAAAUAAAGGGCUCACAUGGCACAAUAAUAACGUGACGAUCGAGUCCGACGAGACGGAGAGGAUACAUUGCAAUGGCACGCUGUUUUUUUUCUUAAACGCUACCACCAAGGACUCUGGCAUAUACACUGCCCGGCGCGUGUACCCCUCAGGAAACUGCUGCAACUAUAAUCUGAACCUUACAGUCCUCAAAGUGAGUCAGAGGGCUGACCCCGAGAUUCUUUUUGGAGAACUUGACCUGCCCGGGUUGAACAAAAGGGUUUCUUGUCCAAUUCCUGUCACAACAACAUGUAAAAGGCUUGGAGGAAAUCUCACCUGGUACAAGGACUUCAAUCUUCUUGGUGUGCAUGAAAAUCCCAUGUGGAUUCUAAACACCACCAAAGAUCAUGAGGGUAUCUACACCUGCAUCUGCACCUGGUCCCACAAUCACAAGGUUUAUAACUCAUCAGGCUCCAGGAAGCUCAUCGUUAGUGAACCAAAUAUUUACGAUGACGUAGUGGAAAUCAUCUCACCAUCAAACGAGCAGUUUGCUGAUGAAGGUUCUGAGCUCCAGCUGAACUGCACCGUUAGGUGCGGGACUAAUAUGAAAAAGGGCUGUUUUGCUCGAUGGCAGAUUGAUGGCGACAUGGAUGGCUACGAGCAAACUGAAACCCUAAACAUUGAGGAACCUUCAAAGGCCACCACCACCACUGCGGUCCUGACCAUCAAGCAAGUGUCUUCGUGGGAUUUUCAGACUAAAUUGAAAUGCACUGGGUGGAAUAUUUACUCAAUAAAAUCAGUCUUUUUACAGCUCAAGCGGAGAGGGUCGAUAAUUUGCCUGGUCAUCACAGCAGUGUUUGGCUCUGUGCUUGCUGUGUGGCUGGUUAAGUGCAUUUUUAUCGACAUUGCACUCUUGUUCAGACCCUGCCUCCGUCCGUUCAAUCGCAAAAAAGAUGUGAAGUUUUUUGAUGCCUACGUGGUCUACCAGACACAGCACAUGGACAAGGAAGCUGAGGACACACUCGGGCGCUUUGUCAUGCAGAUUUUACCGUCUGUUCUGGAGGACAAGUGCGGAUAUCGACUCUUCAUCCAAGGGAGAGACGACAUUCCUGGACAAGACCGUAUGGAACUGGUUGACAACAACAUGAAACAGAGUAGAAGACUGAUCAUCCUCAUCUCCCCGGGUUCAGGAUCUGGGUCCGAGACCACAGACCAUCAGUCAGCAGCAGCAGAAGGGUUUGACUGGCAGGCAGGUCUCUAUCACGCACUGGUCCAGAGAGAGAUGAGUGUGAUUCUGAUUCAGUUGGGCGACACCGGGACCCAAGGAUACAAACACCUUCCCAUCACCUUGCAGCAUUUGAUCAACAAGAGCGCCCCUCUGAGGUGGCCAGAGGGUUCGUGGGAUGCUGCGUCGCGGAACUCUCGCUUCUGGAAGAAAGUGCGAUACCUGAUGCCCGCCAUUCCGUCCAAGAAAUAUCCACAGGCUGCGAAUGAACCACGGAUCUAUCAGAAUGUUUGUGAAAUGUAAGCACUCACUGUAACUCCUCUGUCCUAAUGUUGUCCUUUUGGACAUUUGGACGCCUUACUAUACUAUGACUUUUUUGUCUCAUUUUGGACAUCUUACUAUACUAUGACUUUUUCUGUCUCAUUUUGGAUGUAUUUCUAGACUAUGACUUUUUUGUGACUUUUUGGACAUCUUACUGUACUAUGACAUUUUGGACGCCUUACUAUACGAUGACUUUUUGUGAAAAGACAAAUUGUUUUAGUUAAGAUUUGUGUGUAUAUGUUUAAAAUAACAUGCAGAAAAUACAGUGUUAUUUAAAAUACAAAAAAAAAUGUGAAGUAGUCGUUUUGUGACGCACACAUUUUUGUGCGAUUGAACGAUUGAUUUUGUGAUUUGGAUCACGUUUGUUUGCUAUCUUUAAAAAGUGGGCCCCCAUGUGGAAAGUUUGGGAAACACUGGUCAUUAAAAAGGUGCAUGGUUGCAAGUGGAGGUCUCAGUUAGGCUCCACCCACCACUCUUCCAAAUAUGGUUACUUCUGGUUUCAGACAAUUCAUGUCGUGGUGGAUCGAAACAUAAUUCUGUCUUAAUUUCUGAGCCUCUGGAUUACCACUGUCUCCAACUUGGACUGAUUUAAGAUGAUGUCUGAUUGUGAAAUGGAUGUAUUUGUAAUGUUGUUGUGAACAAAAGUGUAUUUAUUUAUUUCAGAUGUAUG